AACACAGCUGAUCUUUUACUAAUGGUCGAUUUCCGAACAAAAACUAAACGUUAAUCUCAUUGGAAUAUCAACAAUUGACUCUGACAGUGACAACUUGUCAAAUCGUCGCCUUUAUGGUUAUCGAUUGGUGUUCUUCAUUUUUGUUUGCGGUUUUCGCGAUAGAAAUUCGUUUAUAAAACAAUAAAUCAUAGUAAUUAUGAGCGACAAACGUACUAAGAAUUGCGGCUGAUAAACAGGAGCCAUGAACGUAUUAGAGAAAGCUGAAAAGGCUUUGGAAUUCUUAAAAGCAAAUGAGAACUCAGCGAAGAGUCAUGAGUUGCAGGCAGCGGCUGGGACACUCGGUCGUUGUUUGGGAGCUUUGGGGAGCCGUUCAAACUGCGCUCGUCACUAUGCAAACUUGCUGCAUUCAGCUGCCCCUACGCUUCUUUUGCUAGCCAGUAACGACAGCGCUGAAGUGCGCCUUGUGGGCGACGAAGCACUAAACAGAGCUGUAGUAGGAGGUUUUGCGUUCCAUUCCCAUAAAACUAAUAUUGUCUUGCAAAAUCAGAUAGAUUGUACGAGGAAUGCAAGAUGGAUCCGCGCAGCUCUGUCACGAAUAUGCCUUGGAGAAUGCUGGCUUCGUCCUGGUGUUGGCAAGAUCAGGACGCAAGCGCAGACACUGUUUCCCAAACUAAGUCAGAUAGUGCGACAAACAACUGAGGUUCCGUUAAUAGUAGAAGCUUUGGAGAACAAUCUACCAAGGAUACUGACCGCAUUAGCGGAGUACACUACAGAUGAAGAGAUUUCUGAUACACACCUGACCCCCAACCUCCCCCCCACACUCACCUGA